CCAUCCGCCGUCAAGCUAGCUCCUCCCCCCCGGCAGUGACACAACCACAAAGCCUUCCUUCAAGGACUCUACGUUUUUGGAAUAAUUAGGUAUUAAAGGCUGAAGAAGAGCCCGAGAAUGAGUCAGUUCAAGGAGCGUUUUGUGACUCUGCUCCAUGAGAAGAACUUUGUCACCGACCAGCUGGCGACGCUUGAACAAAAAACGGGACUGAAGAGAGAAUAUAUCACAUUAGGUGCCCUCUGCAUCGUCGGACUCUUUCUCCUGUUCGGGUACGGAGCCUCGCUGCUCUGCAACCUCAUCGGCUUUGUCUACCCAGCGUAUUUUUCUAUCAAAGCCAUUGAGAGCACAGUGAAGGAGGAUGACACGCAGUGGCUCACCUACUGGGUUGUGUAUGGACUCUUCAGCAUUGUAGAAGCCUUCUCUGACAUCUUCCUCUUCUGGUUCCCCUUUUACUAUGCUGGAAAGUGCGCAUUCCUCAUCUGGUGCAUGUCUCCGGUGACGUGGAACGGCUCCGACAUCUUGUACAAGCGUGUCAUCCGCCCCUUUUUCCUGAAACACCAGGCCGCCAUGGACAGCGUGGUGAGCGACCUCACCGCCACGGCCACGAGCGUGUCAGAAAGCGUCAGAAAGGAGGGUGAGAUACCAACAGUGCACAUCUGUUAAUCGGGCUCUCAACCAUGACAAGGACCAGUGAGGAACUUGGGGAAAGUCUUGUGUGAUUUCUGUGUGUAUGAGACAAAGUGAAUGUGUGGGGGGUUUUUUUUGCGAAUGUGUGUGUGUUUACGUCCUCUGGCAUGGAAGUGAAUUAUGAAUCAAAGCUCAUAUCAAGCAAUUCACUGCUGUCGGUACGAUGAGCACAAAUGUGAACAUUUAGUCGGACCAUUUAAGACUGGAAACAAAAAGCUUUAUUAUAUCGCAUUGUUCUGUCGACGUCUUUUUUUUCAAUCUCACCAUGGUGAACUCGCGCAUGUAGCAGCUCAUUUUUUAAGAUCUUUCCAAUCGAUGUCUUAAUGUACAUCUUCUAAUGACGAAGACACAAUAAAAUGCAACCUUGACGAACUCUUCAAA